AUGUUUAAUCAGGCCACACCACAUCCCAAUGCGCUUAAUGGGUCGAUGGCUUUGCCUUUCUUGGCACUGACGCGCCUAGCUCCGCGCAGCCUUCCUUUGUUCCUGGAUGGGGCUUACGUGGCGUGGUCCCUCUUCGCACUGGCGGCCUCGGCCUUCAUGGGGGCCAAGUUGCCAAAGGCCAUGAUUACCAUCCCGCAGAUCCUUGGAUGCGAUGUGGCGGGUUUGGUUUUGGAGGCCGACCCCUCCAGCAAGUUCAAGGUCGGGGACCGAGUGGUUGGAUGCACCGGUCAAAUUAUGGAUCGCUGGGCCUUAGGCACCUAUGCCGAGUUCGUGUGCUGCCGAGAGAACCUGCUGACAGCCAUACCGCCGGGGGCACUGGCGCCCUCCAUGCCCCUAGCGGGCAAGCGAGUGCUGGUGCUGGGGGGUGCCGGCGGUGUGGGGCACUUCGCCGUGCAGGAAACGCUCACGACAGCAGCGGGUGAUCCGUACGAUUUGGUGGUUGAUCUGGUUGGUGAUGAGCCCUCCUGCUGGGGAUUGUUGCGGAGGGACGGCCGCAUGGCGGUGGUGUCAUUUGACAAGAUCAUGCAGGGGCGGAACGGCAUAUGGCUGGUGCUGCUCAUCAUGGGGCGAGUGAUACGGCUAAAGCUGGCGUCGGCGCUGGGUCUCUGUCCCAAGUAUGACAGUGUGAUGCAGGACCUGGCACCGGAAAAAGGACUAAAUCAGCUUUUGGAGCUGCUUGCUGAGGGCCGCGUGCGGGUGCAUGUGGAGCGGCAGGUAACCCUGGAGCAGGUGGUUGAGGCACACGAGCACGUGGAGCGAGGCAGGACGCGGGGCAAGGUCGUGAUACGGGUGGAGGGAUCCUCUGGAAAUGAGUGA